AUGACUGGCCUUCAGUGGAACUAUGACGUGCUUCGCAAUUACUAUGCAUCUCGAAAACUGAGCCCCAUCAUUCAACAUCUGCUCCAAGCUUGCCCUGGGUCAUGCGUCUGGGGAAUCGGUGGCCACUCAGUUGUUCUCAAGGUUGCUCCAGGGAUUGCAGCCAAGGUCAGCCUCGAGCCAGGAGACGAACGACUAGCUCGUGAACAGGCUAUUCUGGCACGGUUGCGUGAUGCAGGUCCGGCCUGCCCAUACAUUAUUCAGGCUUUUCUCCAAAGAGACGACACAAGGGCCCUCUCCCUCGACCACCUGUUCGCCAUGGCCAAGAUGUCAUCCGAACUCGGCACAGUCCGCAUCACGACCUCGUCGCCGACAUCACAGUCUUUCCUGACCAUGACCGGGAAGAAGAGGGCGCCACAGGCGGGUGGGCUAGCAUCAGAAUAG